AUGUUCUCACCACAGCAAGCCAGUCAGGAUUUCGAUGUAAAUCUCUCGUUGGUUAUCCAUAAUGGAAUGUACGUUUGCAUGCCAUUGUACAGUCAAGGCCUUGCGGAUGGGAUGCCCGCAUUGGUGCUGUCACUUCAGAAAAGCAAUGUGACAGUAUGUGUAAUGAAGGAAUUGGCAUGUCAAUCAUCAUUUCAUGGAUUCAAACUCAGUUUCAUUGACAAUUUUGAUGAGCUGUCCUUUUCGGAAAAUGUUAUGGAGGCUACUGGAGAAACUCAAACAAACUAUUUCUUCUUUCCGCAAAGAACGUAUCAACUAUGCUCACAGGCAUCAAGGGAAAUGGGUGUUGAGUGUGAGAUCACAAAUGCGUGGGAUUGUCAUUGA